AUGGGCGUGACAGGUAGCGGAAAGUCAACCUUCAUCUCGUACUUUUGCCAGACAGCGAAGAUCGGGAACACCCUCCAAUCAGAAACUAGCCAAGUUGAGCGCCACGAAGCCAAUAUCGACGGUCAGCGCGUAUACCUCAUCGACACCCCCGGAUUCGAUGACACCAAUCUAAAUGGCGGUCGCAGCGACUCCGAUGUCUUGAGCGAGCUGGCCGACUGGCUGAACCGCUCGUAUCAAACCGGGGUCAAGCUGGCCGGCAUCAUCUACCUGCAUCGCAUCACUGACGCACGAAUGCAAGGAACCGCUCUGAAGAACUUGCAAAUGUUCAAGAGGCUCUGCGGUGAUAAGGGCUUGCCGGGCGUCGUGCUGGCCACUACCAUGUGGGAUGUGGAGGAAGUCAACAGGCGUUCUAAUUACGAGGCACGUGAGCAGGAGCUGAAAGCAGAGGAAGCCUUUUGGGGAAUCAUGCUGCGUAAGGGAAGUAAAGUCUUACGACAAGAUAAGGGUGAGACAUCAGCGCUCCGGAUCUUGCGCCAUAUCCUCUACGCGCAUAGCCAGCGACCGACUGCCAUCAAUCUACAAAUCCAAGAAGAGAUGGCAGCUGGCAAAUCUCUGAGUCAAACGUCGGCCGGGCAGGAACUGUUAGGGCAGAUUGCCGUCUUACAAGCAAACUAUGAACGCGAGAUGGCGCAGUUACGACACGAACUGAAAAUGAUUGGGUCAAAAGAUCGAGCGUCACGCCAAGAACUCCAACAACUUAAGGCAAAUCUAGAGUUGCAAGGGCGGGAAAUUAAUCAGCAGCGCAAGGAAGCUGAGCGCAUGAACGUCAAUAACGAGCAGCUGAGGAGGCAGCGCGAUGAGCAAAUGAGGCAGCGGCAGGAAGAUUUACAAAGAAUGCUGCGACAACAGGUCGCGAGCCAACAACAAGCCGUACAGAAUAUGUUGACCAGAGAGAGAUUGGAGAGGCAGCUUCAGACAUCUAAGAAGAAGAAUGAGGCACAGGCAAGAAAAAUACUUAGGGCAAAGGAAGCGAUGACUUGUUUUCCGAUGUAA